CUUCGCCACCAUCAACCCAUAGUCUUGCAAUCGCCCCUUCAUCUGUCAUCUCUCCCAAGGUACACGCCCACAUUCUUGCGACGGAAUCUCGGAUCAUGAGCACUGGGAUCGCUUCCAGCAGCACGCCUACCGAUACUCAACUGUCUCGCGAGGAAGAGCUGAGGAAUCGACUUGCUGAUCGAUCUCGAGGUCGAGAUGUUCGUGUGAAUGGGCAUCCCAGCAGGCGCAACCCUGACGAUGGGCGACAGAGAGAGUCCUCGAGAGAGCGUGGAGGUGGAGUUCGAGGGGAGGGAGAUCAACGCGAUGAGUUGGACGAUCGGCGCGGCUGGUCACGAGGCGAGAGAGAAAGGCCCUCGUAUGGAGAAGGAGAGGAGCAAAGGUCUCAUGGGCGUCGAUACGACGAACCGCUACCGCAAGGGAUGGAUCCGCGCGUUCCACCUCCACGCGAAGAUUCUUCAGGCUGGGCCGCCGCACCUCGUGCUGAUGAAGGCUAUCGAUAUGGCCAGAGGUCCGGGCAUCUUCCACCUCCAGGGUUCGGACCUCCCCCAGGCUUUGGCCCUCCUCCGGGAUACCACGAACGUCCUCCUCCUCCUGGCUUUGCUCCGCAUCCGUCUCAUCACGGCUGGAACGGAGCUCCACCGCCUCGUUUUGAUGGUAGACCUGAAGCUUAUUCGCAAGACUUGGCACCACCUAGGGAGGGUGCCCCCCCUCCAGGUGCCUGGGGCAGGAGAGGUCAAGGCGGUCCGCCCGUGAGCGACAAAGGGUACUUCGAAAGUCGAAAUGAAGAGCGAAAGAAGAGCACAUUGUCUAUUUGGCCGCCUUCUCCUCGCUCUCCAUUGCGCGAAAAAGCAAGCAAAAGAGACAAGCACGACUCUUCAAAGCACAAGUCGAGCCGUGACAAGGAUCAUAAACACAGAUCCAGCAGCCGUAAGCACCAUCGAUCGAGCUCUGGCAGAAAGAGAAGGUACGACACGUCGGAAGAUGAAAGCUCAGACUUGGAGGAAGAGAGGCGAAGAAGACGAAAAGAAAAGGAGACGAAGCAUCGUCAUCGGCGCCGAGAUGACAGUGAGGACGAAGAACAGCGAAGUGAGAGGAAGGCGCGUAAACGGUCCGAGCGUUCCCACUCCGAAACAAGGCUCGAAGAGAAGAGAGCGGCGUCGAGCGGAUCAGCCAGCGCCGUGGAGACGGAUGGAAAAGCGCUGGCUCGCGUCACACUUGAAGGAGAUGCUUCUCCAGCUGCGGCAGGGGGGCGACGAGUGCAGCCACGCAUCGGACCUGCUCUGCCUCAAUCCAGCGCAGCGGUGGAGGAAGAAGCGCUAGCGCAAGCUUCUAAUUCCAAAGGCAUGGGCAAAGAGUAUGGGCGAGCUCUAUUGCCAGGCGAAGGGACGGCCAUGGCGGCGUACGCAGCCGAGGGCAAGCGUAUUCCUAGAAGAGGAGAGAUUGGUUUGGAAAGCGAGCAGAUUGAAAAGUUUGAGAAUGCUGGAUUCGUCAUGAGCGGAAGUCGACAUAAGCGCAUGAACGCGGUCAGGAUGAGAAAGGAGAAUCAGGUCAUUAGCGCAGAGGAGAAGAGGGGCAUCCUGAAGUUGCAGGCGGAAGAGAAUGCGAAGAAGGAACAGGCGAUUAGAGAACAGUUCAAGGAUAUGCUUGACUCUAUGGGAGGCAGCGCACCCAGAUGAACAGCCGCCCUCGGCUUUACGCUACCUUUCUGCGAUUCUUUUGUGAAGACGGAAGCACGCUCGUGUGUCUCCUCCUGAAGGCUCGACCUGGUUGAAUGUAUGCUGCGCAGGGGAGAAUCUCCUCGCGUGCAAAUGAUUCGC